GUGAGCUCCUCAGAGUGCUGCGUGGGGUAUACUUAGAGUCUGGUCUAUUGAAGGCACGCUAACCAGGCCCCUAAGGCAUUUUAAGUAGUGCAUUCCCACAUUUGGCUAGGAAUGUGGGUCCUCCUCCGAGGUGGGAACCCCCUCCGUAUCUUCCUACCCCAGCGUGGGGAGUGGAUGGGUCGGAGGGGCCUUCCCCGAGGCUUGGCCCCAGGGCCUCCUCGCAGACGGUACAGGAAGAAGGCUCUCCCAGCGUUGGAGAUACCAGUGUUGCCUGUAACUGUAACCGAAAUCCGCCAGUAUUUGCGGGGGCGUGGGAUCCCCUUCCAGAAUGGCCACAGUUGCCUGCGGACACCGAGCCCCUUUGUAGAGUCUUCGCAGCUCAAAGACCAGACUGCUGUUACCACUUCUUUCAGCCUCUACAUUGACAAGACCACAGGCCGCUUUCUCUGCAUGACCAGCCUAGCAGAGGGGAGCUGGGAAGACUUCCAGGCUAGCGUGGAGGGGGGAGGGGAUGGAGCCAGUGAGGGGCUUCUGCUUAGUAAGGCUCCAGAAGUUGAGGACAGUGAGGAGGUCCGGAGGAUCUGGAACCGAGCAGUACCUCUCUCGGAGCUGCCUGAUCCGGAGGAGGUUCAGCUGGCUUACACAAUGUUUGGCCUUACCAACAUUACAGAUGACACACUCAAGCGUUUCAGUGUGCGAUAUCUGCGACCUGCCCGCAGUCUUGUCUUCCCUUGGUUCUCCCCUGGGGGCUCAGGAUUACGAGGCCUGAAGCUACUGCAGGCUAAAUGCCAGGGGGAUGGAGUGAGCUACGAGGAAACCACCAUUCCCCAGCCCAGUGCCUACCACAAUCUGUUUGGAUUACCACUGAUUAGUCGUCGAGAUGCUGAGGUGGUUCUGACGAGUCGUGAGCUUGACAGCCUGGCCUUGAACCAGUCCACGGGGCUGCCUACCCUUACUCUACCCCAAGGAACAAGCUGCUUACCCCCCGCCUUACUCCCUUACCUGGAACAGUUCCGGCGGAUUGUAUUCUGGUUAGGGGAUGACCUUCGGUCCUGGGAAGCGGCCAAGUUGUUUGCACGAAAACUGAACCCCAAACGAUGCUCCUUGGUGCGGCCAGGUGAUCAGCAGCCUCGUCCCCUGGAGGCCCUGAACAGAGGCUUAAAUCUUUCUCGUAUUCUUCGCACCGCCCUGCCUGCCUGGCACAAGUCUAUUGUGUCUUUCCGGCAGCUUCGGGAGGAGGUGCUAGGAGAACUGUCAAAUGUGGAGCAAGCAGCUGGCCUCCCUUGGAGCCGCUUCCCAGACCUCAAUCGUAUCUUGAAGGGACAUCGAAAGGGCGAGCUGACGGUCUUCACAGGACUUCCUCCUCACCCAGCUCUGUUCCACCCCGAUGCAGGGCCAACAGGCAGUGGAAAGACAACAUUCAUCAGUGAGUAUGCCCUGGAUUUGUGUUCCCAGGUGAACACACUGUGGGGUAGCUUCGAGAUCAGCAAUGUGAGACUAGCCCGGGUCAUGCUGACACAGUUUGCAGAGAGGCGGCUGGAAGAUCAACUGGACAAAUAUGAUCACUGGGCCGACCGCUUUGAGGACCUGCCCCUCUAUUUCAUGACUUUCCAUGGGCAGCAGGGCAUCAGGACUGUGGUAGAUACAAUGCAACAUGCGGUCUACGUCUACGACAUUUGUCACGUGGUCAUCGACAACCUGCAGUUCAUGAUGGGUCACGAGCAGCUGUCCACAGACAGGAUUGCAGCUCAAGACUACAUUGUUGGGGUCUUUCGGAAGUUUGCGACAGACAAUAACUGUCAUGUGACGCUGGUCAUUCACCCCCGGAAAGAGGAUGAUGACAAGGAACUGCAGACAGCAUCCAUUUUUGGCUCAGCCAAAGCAAGCCAGGAAGCAGACAACGUUCUGAUCCUGCAGGACAGGAAGCUGGUCACGGGGCCAGGGAAACGGUAUCUGCAGGUGUCCAAGAACCGCUUUGGGGAUGUAGGUAUCUUCCCACUUGAGUUCAACAAGAGCUCCCUCACCUUCUCCACUCCACCAAAGAACAAGACUCGGCUCAAGAAGAUCAAGGAUGAAGCUGGACCAGUGGCCAAAAAGCCCUCUUCUGGCAAAAAGGGGGCUACACCACAGAAAUCUGAGAGUUGCUCAGGCAAGGCCCCCAUUCUUGACCAGCCUGAUACCUCCAAGCCUUCAAAGUGAGGGCGGUGCAGAGCUAGUCACUGAAAUAAGCCUGAUAGGACAGGCAGGCUGGGGCGUAAAACACAGGGCUUCUGUAUCCUGUGAUCAUGAGCUGUGUGUCUGAGGGGCCUAACCUAGGGCAGACUUCCGAAGUGAGAAAAUUCAACGUAGCAGACUACUUAGAAACCACUGUGUGCCGGGCUUUGUUCAAGGUCCUGUAUAUACAGCACUGAAAAGAGAGAUAAGGUCUCUGCUCCCAUGCAUUCUAGUGGAAGAGACAAGCAAGCAACGAGCAAAUAAGCAGAAAACCUAGUUUUAGUUCAUGAAAAUGUUGUAAAGAAAAUAGAAAUGCGGGCUGGGUGCAGUGGCUCGCACCUGUAAUCCCAGCACUUUGGGCGGGCAGAUCGCGAGGUCAGGAUUUCGAGACCAGCUUGAUCAACAUGGUGAAACCCCAUCUCUACUAAAGAUACAAAAAUUAGUUGGGUCUGGUUUCGCGCACCUGUAAUCCCAGCUACUCAGGAGGCUGAGGCGGGAGAAUCACUUGAGCCCAGGAGGCGGAGGUUGUGGUGAGCUGAGAUCACGCCACUGCACUCCAGCCUGGGCAGCAGAGCAAGACUCUGUCUCCAGAAAAAAAAAAAAAAAAAGGAAAAGAAAAUAGAAAUUCGAUAGCAUGCUGGCAGGGUAUUGUGGAUAAGUGGUCUGAAAAGGUGUCUCUGAGCUGAGGGCAUGUGAGCUGGGGCCUAAACAACUAGAAGGAGAGAGCCACAUGAACAUCCAGAGAAGGGGAUCCAGGAGAGGGAAAGGAAAUAGCAAGCGCUGAGGUAGGAAUGAGCAGGUCAGAACCCAGGCAGUGAGGUCAGGCCCCCUGAACCUGGGAGGCAUAGGCGACUUCAUGCAAAAACCCCAGCCCAGGCUUUAAGAGCCUAAGGGUAAUAUGGUGGGUCCCAAGCCCCUCUGCUCCCCACUUUGUAGAGCCUGGCACGAGGUAGCAAUGACUAGAAUCGGAUUCUAGGUGCUUAGCCUGCAAUAUCAGGGCUUCAUGGGGUGGUGGGGGGGAGCUGCCACCCGCUGGGUUGCUUGGCCAUAGAGCCGUAGAAGGAAGCUGUCAGCCCACAGUGCCUGCCACCUACAUACUGAUGCCAUUGUGUGCUGCCUCAGACACCUGGAGUUAGGACGUUUUGUAGAGCCUUUUCCAGUUUUACUAAAAUAUUUUUUCAUUG